UAGCUAAUGUGCCUUAUCUAGAACAGUUGUGGUCGUUAUAGUUUUAACAGUCCUCUCGCACUACCAUACCAUUCAUAAUACCAUCAAAGUAUACUCAGUUUCCUGUCCAAGAAUCAUCAAUCCAUGGCUUCCUCUACGCUCUCCCCUGCCACUCCCUCACAGCUAUGCUCUAGCAAGAGUGGCAUGUUCUCUCCUACACAUGCGGUGUUUGUGAAACCAACAAGGACAAAUAUGGUGUUAAAGGAGAGAGGAAUGAGAAUUUCAUGCCAGGCUACAAGUGUUCCUGCUGAUGAUAGAGUGCCUGACAUGGGUAAGAGGGAGCUUAUGAAUCUGCUUCUUUUGGGUGCUCUUUCACUCCCCACCGCUGGCAUGUUGGUUCCUUACACCUAUUUCUUUGUCCCUACUGGGCUCGGAGGAGGUGGUGGUGGUACCGUUGCCAAGGAUGCCCUUGGAAAUGAUAUCAUUGCAGAGCAAUGGCUUAACACUCAUGGCCCUGGUGACCGAACCCUUUCUCAAGGAUUAAAGGGAGAUCCAACCUACCUUGUCGUGGAGAAAGAUAGAGUUCUUGCAACUUAUGGAAUUAAUGCAGUCUGCACACACCUUGGGUGUGUCGUGCCCUGGAAUCAAGCUGAGAAGAAGUUCAUCUGCCCCUGCCAUGGAUCACAGUACAAUGACCAAGGAAGAGUUGUCCGAGGACCUGCUCCUCUGUCAUUGGCACUGGCUCACUGCGACGUAGACGACGGCAAGGUGGUCUUUGUUCCAUGGGUUGAAACAGAUUUCAGAACCGGAGAUGCUCCAUGGUGGUCUUAAGCCUCUUGUUCAAUCAAUCAUCAAAUGUUUCAUAUAUUCAAGACGCGAAUCGGUUUGUUUUGCAACAAUGCCAAAACAUCCUUUGUCAUAUAGGCAUGCUAUGUGAAUUGGAGCUCAUAAGAUGUAAGGAUAACCAUAUAAUUUAAGCAUGGCUAAUCUUGUGAUGCUUGACAAUAUAUUCUUUAUACCUAAA